UAGAAAGAUUGUCCGUUGAUGAGGGUUCACCUGUCAUCGCAAUUCAAGGCUCGUACAUACAUACUUAUCCCUCUUUCCUCUGUUUCCUUUCUCUUUCUCUUUCGAAGCGAAUUUAUUUGUUUCAAUAGACUUCUUAUUGAUUCGGUUCAUUUCAUCGCAUCUGCUUUAUCCUUAUCAAUUGGUAGCACACCGCAUCAGACCCCUCCUGGACCUCCGCUCUCGGCUUCCGUCGCCUGUACUCCACAUGAGCAUGAUAUCGAUCAAACAUUGAUUUUCAGAUAGCAGCGCUCUUCGGCUUGUUGCAUCGAGUCGGCCCCGUCCCAUUGUCGAUUGUCGCCAAAGAAGUCAAACGGAUUCGUCUGGCGGCGGCGGCGCGGCGGCGGCGAUCUAACCACUAUGACGCGCACUUCUACACCUCCCACCCUACUCCAACUCCAAAGCGCAGACUCGCUGAAGAACGAAAUAAUUGGUCAUGAUCAGCGCAAAGAGAUUUAUGUCAAGCGGGGAAUCAUUCCGGUGCUCACCAAGGUUCUCACGUCACGGAAACUGAGCGGGAAAAGCGUUACGGCGACGGUUAAAGAAUCGUCUGGUAUCAAGUCGGAGGAAGACGAUGCUUGUCUACAGGCGAUCAUCAUCCUUGGUAGUUUGACUCAAGGCGGCCCAGCGUUCCUUGCGCCCAUCCUCGCCAGCAAUACACUUCCAACCCUCCUGUCAUUUCUAUCGUCUCCCAGCUGCCCUUCCUUCUUCCGCCUUCCCAUUCUCCGAACGCUCAAUAGCAUUGCAGAUCGACUACCAUUUGCAGAGUCAGCAGAAACUGAACAAGGAUACUCGGGUUCGUUCUGCCUGGCGCAGAAGAAGCAUGUCCAGGAGCCGGGCGCAUUGGGAUUCUUGCCCCCUCCAGCACCUCCCAGUGCCAAGCUCGCCUCCAAUCCUUCGUGCGCCGAACAUUUCCUUUCGUCGCCGGGUAUUGUGACUGUUUUCCCCAAGCAGUUACCCGAAUUCGCGCCCUCAGACAUCAAAAAGGGCCCCUGGGGGUCAACGUAUUUCUCCGGUUCUGCCUCUGCUGCCAUCGGUUCCAUUAUCUCCCUCGACGGCACCGGCGAAUGCAGCCAAUUUCCCACCUUUAGGUCACCAAGGGCGCGCCGUCGCCCCAGCCACUCGUUCCCCACAUCCUUCUCGCUUUUUGAGUCGACAUCUUCCGACGACGAUGAGAAUUGCAUUCCUCGCCUCGUCACGUCCUUUUUCCGUCUUGGCCUGGCGAAGAAACAUCGCGUCUCCCUGCUUUCCUAUCUGUUGAUCCCGAUCCUUAUCCGAAUGCUCGACAAAGACUAUGAGAUACCGGGCGAUGACAUUGUCGAGUACGGUGGCUUGAUUCCCGCAACCGCGCUACUCGCAGCUCUGGUGAUUGACGAUCAGGAAUUGCAAAAACACGCCACCUACAAUCCGAUUCACGAGAAUACCAAGCCCAAUUCCACUAGAAUGUUAGACUUGGACCACCCGGGUUUCUCGCCAACUCAUUGUCAUGUCAUGCGAUAUCGGGAGAAUUAUUUUGAAGGCACUUGCAGCUCUUGUUCCUUUCAGGAUGAAUAUCGUAAGCUCGUGUGUGAGAAUGGAGUGGUGCCAUACAUCAUCGACUCUCUCAAGCCUUGCCCUAGCGAGCUGCCAGUGGACCCGAACAGUUCUGAUCGAUGCUGGUGUGCAGCUCCUCUUUUUGUUCUGAUCCGUCAUCCUGAUAUCGAAGUCCAAAUUGCUGCGACGUCUGUAAUCUGCAACCUGGCAUUGGGAUUCAGUCCCAUGAAAGAGGUCACGGAUAUUCUCCCGGUCCUAUGCGAGCACGCGCACCAUCAAAGAUUAUUGGACGGCCUUGGGCCUGGGUGGAUCAAGCAGAUUAUUACGCAGGACCCUACAAGUGCCCUUGCGAAACGGGGAAUUGGAAGGCGACCCAAUUCGGCCGGGGAACAAGUCAACCUUUUGAAUCCGGUUGAGGAUUCGCAAAGCCGGGGCGAAGAUCUCAAAAUGACGGACACUCUGCCUGCGUCCAAGAUGAGCCUGGAGAUGCGGCGAAAGCUCGUGCUCCGACAGGAUGAUAUCGCGGUGCAGGAGCAGACUUUCGACUUGCUGCGUAAUCUUGUAUGUGGGUCAGGAGCAUCGGAGAUGAUUGACCACCUCUUCAAGGAGAUUGGGCAGGACCUCAUCCUCGACGCGCUGGCGGACAAGCUUCGACCUCCGCACCAUCAAUCUCCCACACCCCGUGCACUCAACGUUCCCACCGAGAUCCUCGUCUCGGUCACAUUUGUCAUUAUCCAUCUUGCCGCGAGCCUUCCAUGGCAUCGACAAGUCCUGGUGUCGCACCCAACCCUUCUGCAACAUCUCAUGUGGUACUUUAACCACAGCCACCGAGACGUGCGUAUCAACUGUGUCUGGGUUAACGACGCGAGCGACCACGAUGGCUGUCGCGAGCGAGCCUUCAAGCUACGGUCCCUUGGGGUAAUAGAGCGGUUGACAAGCCUCCUUGAUGACCCUGACCUUGACGUGCGAGAACGCACAAAAACGGAGCAGAGCAUUUGAUCAGUUCUUUGACGCAAUCAUAGCGAUUGUGUAUUACUUGACUGUUUCGUUGCUACUGGUUUGCUGUAGCAUGGGCAUUACCAGGAGACUGGAUACAGUGUCCUUGACAUGGGUGGGUGUUGGAACGUUUGUAUAAAAUGCAUCAUCUACAAAAUGUAUUGUCCUCAACGCAGCUGUUUGACUUGAAUAUAAU